CAGAAGAUCUGAGAACAUUACAGGCACGUUUUCAGGCGUCUGAAAAUAUAACAACGUUCAGCCCCAGCUCCAAACUUUGACUAGCGCGAGAGCCGUCAAGAAAUUCUUCAAAUUUUUCUUGACGGCUUUCUUUUGCUAAAUUUCUUUUGUUUUUUCACGCCAUGUGAAAAUCCCACGGGCGUGACUCCCUGCAAACCUCUCUUCACCUAGUGUUACUCAAGGCCCAAAACUUAUUCGUGGGUGAAGAAACGCUCGUAUUGAAGGGCUCGUAACGAAGACUUGCUCUCACGCUAGCUCAUUGCUCUGUGAUCACAAAAUGGUUACUGUUGGCGGUAUGGCUGCUGCGACAUCUACUGGCGACGGCAGCGGUGGUAUAAAAUAGAAAUAUAACUUAUCUUCAAAUGGCAACGUAAUUAAAUCCAAGUUAGCUCUCAAAGGAAGGAUGAUAAAAAAAAAUAAAUAACUAACUGUCGAGGUAAAAUUUUCAUUUAAAGUUCACGAAAUUAUCUGAAUCAGGAAGAGACGGAAACCAUCCAAUAACCAAUGUGACAUUCUUCCAGAAUUUCCUAAAGCGGACGAGGCUUGAAAAUAAAGAUUCUUCGAAAUAGCCACUUUUAAGACCAUGCAUUUAAUGAUAACUAAUGAAUUCUAAUGAAUUGGAUAUUGUUGUUAAGAUAUUUUUCAAAAGCCACUCUGACAAUUUGUCGUGAUCCGAGAUGUAUAUUAUGAACAGCAUAUCAUGAACAACGCUUGAAACUUUAGUAAACCAAAGCUUUAUUUUUCGUCUGGGUUUGUUUUUUACUGCUUUAUAGGUCUCGAAUGCGUAAUAAAAAUCUUUUAAGCAUGAAGAUGCAUGAGUGAUAAAUUCUGCGCGAAAAGAAACUGGUUUCCAAAGGAACGAAAACGCACCUUUUUUUCAUGUUAUUUGAAUUUUCCUGAGUCAUUUCUGCGUGGAAGGGCUCAUAAAUUUAGGUAUCGCUUGUGGUAGAGCUCUAUUCCAGAGCUUACUGGAAAUACACGAUACCACAUUGAAGGGUUCCGAACUUUCUCUCUAGUAUUUUUCUUUUUUAAUUUUUGUUCUGGUCAAGUUUAAAAAAUGAUUUUUAAAGCCUUACGAAUUUUACUGGCCUCGGUCAUUCUCAUAACUACUGUUGCGAAUGUAUGGUUUCUUGUUGAAAACUGGAGCAUGGAAAAUAAACCGCGGUGGGAACAAAAUUUUGAAUACAGAGGAAAAAGAGAGAUGAAAGAAAUUAAUUUAGACACAAGUUUUGUAGAAGAUGAUAUCGAUAUGGACAUUCAAGUUCAUUCUAGCAAAGAGGAGGCGUCGGUUGUUGUUGAUGGAAAAGUGGUAUCAGAAAUCAAGGAUAAAAAUGUUCGAGGUAUGAUAGUGUUUGUUUUAAGCCAAACAACAGGCUCUCUCAUGGCUGUUAGAGCGUUUGACACGUACUCAUCUAAAGACGAAGGACAAGAACUUAUAAAAUUUUUCGAUCUGCUGCAAGAAGGACGGAUCAUUUGCAUGGCUGUGAAGGACGAAGCAGCGAGCAAACUGGAAAGUGACGUUCGAAGCUACAUUGAGAAGUUUGGGAGCCGUUAUAUAAAUGUCCUUGGCUGGCGGGAUAUGUGGGCGUUUAUAGUCCAACGAGCUACCAGUCAGAAGAACGCAUUUGUCGAGAGCCACCAGAAGUCUCCAGACUUCGAGAGCUGGGGACAAAAUGUCACAAUUCGAGCUUAUCUGAGGCGGGUGACAGGCGUGACUAGUGAAUGCAACUGGGAGCAAAGCGAUACAGGGCGUCGUAGGGCAGAAUUCUGCCAGAAAUUUGAAGGAUAUGGACGGGUUUGUCACUGCAAGGAUUCAGAAUCAAUCGAUUUCCUACCACCCCCUCUUGAAGAUGGCAGUCGCCUUGAUCUGCCAAUAUCGGUUAUGGCCGGUAAUCGCCCUCACUACUUGUUCAGAAUGCUCAAGACUCUACAAAACGUCCGGGGUUUGAAUCCUGCCAUGGUAACUGUGUUUAUUGACGGCUUCUUUGAGGAACCCGCCUCAAUUGCACGGCUGUUUGGUCUGAAGGUAGAUCAGCAUGAGGGUGUCAGUGAAAAGAACUCAAGGAUUUGCCAGCAUUACAAGAAGUCGAUAACAACCUCCUUUGACAAUUUCCCCGACGCUAAUUUCUUGGUUAUUCUGGAGGAAGAUCUUGAUGUGUCUGUGGACAUUCUUAGCUACUUUAAACAGCUUCUCCCGGUCUAUGAGAACGAUGAAAGUGUUUACUGUAUAUCAGCUUGGAACGAUCAGGGUUAUGAAUACACCGUGCAUGAUCCAUCAAUGACGUACAGGAUUGAAACUAUGCCUGGCCUUGGGUGGGUAUUGAGUCGCAAACUAUACAAAGGAGAGCUAGAAACCAAGUGGCCUGCUCCUAAUGUAUUCUGGGAUUGGGACAUGUGGAUGAGGAUGCCUUCGCAGAGGAAGGGCCGAGAGUGCAUCAUACCGGACAUCUCUCGCACCUAUCAUUUUGGGGCAAAGGGUCUGAACGUAGACCCAGCUAUGAACGAAGCUUAUUUUAAAAGACACGCGCUUAAUAAGGAAACUGAUGUCGAGAUAAAAGCAGAUCUCAUGUACAAGGACAACUAUGAGAAGGAGAUAAAUCGACUACUGAGCCAAGCUGAAGUUCUUGAUCACUCAAGGACACCUUGUACAAACCCUAAAGACUUCAUACCUGACACUAAAGACAAGGUAUACGUGUUUUACAUCAGGAUGGAGCAGCCAAAAGACUAUACCACAUGGAUAAACGUUGCUAGAUGUUUUAGAAUCUGGGAUUUAGAAGCCCGUGGAUUCCAUAAAAGUCUGUGGAGGAUGUGGAUCAAAGGCAAUCAUGUUUUAUAUGUUGGGUGUCCUGCGUCACCUUAUUGCAGUCACAAACCGACUAAUGUCGAUGCUAUUUAUAUGCCAAAUAAGGAAACAAGACCGCCCGAUGAUAGAUUCUUUGCCAAGUACCAAAAAACAAUGAAGAAACAAAUGGCAAAAUUGGUUUCAAGUUUGACUCGACAGGCAUCCUCGUCGAGAGCUGUUUUCAGAAUCAAGCAGAAGUUCACAUUGGCAGUUCUCAUUCGAGUGCUACUGUGUGCAGCAGUAUGUCUUACUUUUUUCGGAAAUAUAAUAUUCCUACUGGAGACGCGAAAAAUGAACAGCGAAGGUGAAAAGCGUUUAACCUAUCGGGAAGAUCCUCACCGAUCAUCUCGUAGAGAUCAUGAAGCAACCAAAAGUAAUAUCGUAAAGACAACUACAAAAGGAUUUUUAGACAUAGAAGUUUACUCCAGCAAAGAAAACGCGUCAGUGGUAGUGAAUGGAAAAAUAGUUUAUCAGGAGCUGAAUCGUCUUGGAAUGAAUGUUGUGGUUCUUAAUCAAAACACUGGAGCUGUCACAGCUUGGAGGAGAUUUGAUACGUAUUCAACAAACCAGGAGUCCACAGAGAUGAUGGAAUUCAUCAGCAGUCUGCCAGAUGGACGGAUACUUUGUCUGGCUGUUAAGGAUGAAGCCACUGUAAGUCUGUUGACAUCCACUCGGAGCUUCCUCCGAAGCCGUGGUAGCAGCUACAUACAACAGCUACAAUGGCGUGAUAUGUGGGCAUUUGUGACGCAAGAUGUAGACAAUGAAAACCUGGUGUGCGCUGAAGGUUAUCAGCACUCAGCCAGUAACAAGGAGUGGGCGGCUCCUGUCAGAAUCCACACUACAGUUCCAAUCUCAAAGCAAAGCACGACGGAGUGCCAAUGGGUAAAAAAGGAUGAUAACCGCCGAAGGAAGGAGUUUUGCGAUAAAUUUGACGGCUACGAAGAUAUUUGUAAAUGCGAGAAUCCAGAUGUGUUAGACUUUGAGCCUCCCCUAUUACCGGAUGGCAGUCGAAUCAACCUUCCAGUGCUGAUCAUGGCUAGUAACCGCCCUUAUUACUUGUACAGAAUGCUUAAGACGCUACGACAGGUCCAUGGGUUGAAUGGUUCGAUGGUAACAGUGUUUAUCGACGGAUUCCUGGAGGAGCCAGCUUUACUUGCCGGUUUGUAUGGGCUGAAUGUCGAUCAACACGAGGGAGUCAGUGAACUAAAUGCAAGGAUCGCGCAGCACUACAAAAGAUCGCUCACAGCCUCUUUUGCUCGUUAUCCUGAUGCUAGUGUUGUGGUCAUCCUCGAGGAAGACCUUGAUGUAUCUCCAGAUAUCCUCACCUUUUUUAAUCAGUUACUUCCGGUCUUGGAAAACGAUGACAGCCUUUAUUGUAUAUCAGCUUGGAAUGAUCAGGGUUACACACACGCCGUUAAGGAUCCAGCAAUGAUCUACAGAGUUGAGACAAUGCCAGGACUUGGAUGGGUUCUGGGGCGAAAACUGUACAAAGAAGAACUUGAACCUCAGUGGCCAGGUCCCGAAGUGAUGUGGGAUUGGGACAUGUGGAUAAGGGGCCCACAUGUAAGAAAGGGCCGAGAGUGCAUUAUACCGGACAUCCCUCGCACCUAUCAUUUUGGGGCCAGGGGACUGAAUGUGAACCCAUACAUGCAGAGGACUUACUUUUCCGCCCGUGCGCUGAAUACUAAGCCAAAUGUAAAGUUGAACGUGGAUAUCAUGUACAAGGAGAAUUAUGAAAAGGAGCUACAGCGGUUACUUAGAGAAGCUGUAGUCUUAGAUCACUCAAGAACUCCAUGUACGAACCCAAACGAUUUUGUUCCUCUGGCGAAGAACAAGAUCUACGUGUUCUAUAUAAGAAUGGACAGCAUUUACGACUUCACAACAUGGUCAAACGUAGCGAACUGCUUGAAAAUAUGGGAUUUAGAUCCGAGGGGAGUCCAUAAAAGUUUGUGGCGACUGUGGCUGAAUGACAAUCACGUGUUAAUUGUUGGCUGUCCUGCGUCACCACACUGUAUUUACAAACCGCGCAGAUUACGACCAAUUUACAUUCCCGAGAAAAAGAAAUCUUGAAAUUGGGGGUUCUUAGCUGUCUGUUGGCAGGACCGAAGCCAGUGUAAAUAUACAUCACUCUUUGCACGCUAGGGUCGCGCUUGCGAUUAAAUUCAGU